CUGUCUGAAGCUGAGAGGCUCAUCCAAAAGGCGCAGCAGGCGCUUUCAGUGAUGAACAAAGGGGGACUGGCAUAUCCUCAGUGGAAUACGUACCAGUUUCAACCUGACUCGGUUGGAUUUCAGCCAGCUGCCACACUCGACUAUAACAAUGAUCUUCCGGCAGACACAGCUGAUAUUAGGUUGAGCGCAACCAAGAGAAGCAAUGAAGGUAGCAAGCACUUCAUGUACACCAUCUCCCCGGAGCUUGCUGAAGCUGCUCGGCUCGUGGCGGAAGCCUCUCCGUUGCCGUUGCCAGGAGAUUAUGGGAUUGACAUAGGAAAAAUAAUCGGGCAGUACAGAGCCCACAAGACAAAUGACACUAAUAUUCCUGAACAACAAUAUCUCAAGCCAAAUGGACUCGACGGAUACGCGCCUGCGGUACCAUCAUCAAAACCAGCGCAGGAGAGAACCGAACUCAGGAAACGAGCCACGAACGAUUUUUGGCUUACAACGAUGGAGCAGAGGGGUUCUAGCCCGUUUGCACCUGCAGGAUACAAAGUAUGGAGAAAUGUCAAGGACUACGGUGCAAAAGGCGAUGGUGUCACCGAUGAUACUGCGGCUAUCAACAAAGCUAUAUCUGAUGGAGGACGUUGUGGAGCUGAGUGUGGUUCAAGCACAAUUUAUCCGGCGUUUAUCUAUUUUCCCUCUGGCACAUACCUUGUCAGCUCGCCGAUUAUACAGUACUACAACACUGAGUUCUAUGGAAAUCCAUUUGACUACCCAACCAUUCUGGCGGCGUCAAGUUUCGUUGGCCUUGGUGUUAUAACCUCGGAUGUCUAUACAGGGGACAACACGCAGUGGUACCUGAACACCAACAAUUUCUUGAGAUCUAUCCGCAAUUUCAAGAUGGACAUUACUCGGACGAAUCCACUUGCAUACGUCUGUGCAAUCCAUUGGCAGGUUGCGCAGGGAACAUCGCUUGAGAAUAUCAUAUUCUAUAUGAUGCAAGACAAUAUCACGACCCAGCAGGGCAUCUACAUGGAGAAUGGCAGCGGUGGUUUUCUCACAAAUCUCACCUUCGUCGGAGGGAAUUUUGGGGCAUAUUUCGGUAACCAACAGUUUACUACAUCGCAUCUUUCAUUUUUGAAUUGCAAAACCGCCUUGCAAAUCCACUGGGACUGGGCUUGGACCAUGCAGGAUGUGGUGAUCACUAACUGCACGAAUGGGAUUGUCAUCGUUGGUGGAGCUGGAGGCCCUCAAAGCACUGGACAGUCGGUGGGAUCAUUAAUCAUUCUGGACACAGUCAUAGCGUUCACAAAGACUGGGAUCGUCACAUCUCUCUUUGCGGAAAAUUCAACUUCGUUCCUCCUCCAGAAUACGGCUUUUAUUUCUGUGGACACUGCUAUCCUAGAUAAUGUCAAGAGCCGAACACUAAUGUCUGGCGGCCCUUACGUAACUGUGGAAUCGUGGGGAUUUGGGCAAGUCACAUCACGCACCACCAGUACCUUUAUGAACGGCCAGAACAUUCCUGCGAUGAAUCGAAGCAGCGCCUUAACUCGCGACGGGCUUGUGGUCCCGAGCUUCUUUCAGCGGCGUCGGCCGACCUACAGGGACAUUGGCAUGAGCCAGGUCAUCGAUGUAAAAGCCUGGGGAGCCGCUGGGGACGGCAAAUCAGAUGAUACUGCUGUGUUGAACAGUAUCUUGGAUAGGGCUGCGAACAUGUCAUCCAUUGUCUUCUUCCCGUUUGGUGUCUAUGUCAUCAAGGACACUCUCCAUAUACCCCUUGGCUCUCGAAUAAUUGGCCAAGCAUGGUCCCAGGUCAUGGCUACUGGUCCAAAAUUUCAAGACGAGAAGAACCCUCGGGUUGCAGUCCAGGUCGGUCGCAGUGGUGAUGUCGGAAUAAUCGAGAUCCAAAGCAUGAUGUUCACUGUAUCUGGGCCCACGGCUGGUGCUAUUCUGCUUGAGUGGAAUGUCCACGAAUCGUCCCAAGGUUCUGCAGGAAUGUGGGACUCUCAUUUCCGGGUUGGAGGCGCCAUUGGAUCCGAUUUGCAAGCGAGCAACUGUCCGAAGAAAAGCGGCACAGUUAAUGGGAAAUGCAAGGCGGCGUCACUUAUGCUGCAUCUAACUCCUCAUUCCUCAGCCUAUCUAGAGAAUAUCUGGGUGUGGACUGCAGAUCAUGAUCUGGAUAUCACUAGUCAGGAGCAGAUCGACGUCUAUGCCGCACGGGGCAUUCUGGUUGAAAGUCAAGGCCCUACCUGGAUGUAUGGAACUGCAUCAGAGCAUCAUGUCCUCUACCAGUACCAAAUCUCUGAGGCCAAGGAUCUCUACUUGAGCAUGAUCCAGACGGAAUCCCCAUACUUUCAGCCUUCGCCAAAGGCCCCGACGCCCUUCACCACCGGCCUGUUCCCCAAUGAUCCUACCUUCUCAUCAUGCGAUGUUCAUUCUCAGACAUGUGCUGUUUCCUGGGCUCUACGUAUCCUUGAUUCUAGCUCAAUCUACGUGAUGGGAGCAGGUCUCUAUAGUUGGUUCUCUGACUAUACGCAAGAUUGUUUAGUAACCGCCAACUGUCAGCAGCGGGGCGUUGAGAUCUCCCAGAGCACCGACACCUGGAUCUAUAAUCUGGUUACCAAGGGCAUCGUGGAGAUGGUGAGUCCUGUGAAUGAGAAUGCCACCCUCUCCGCGGCCAACGUCAAUGGUUUCAUGUCCUCAAUAUUGGCAUGGAUUCGCGAGGGCAACAGCAUAAUUGGUAAAAGGAAGUUCCCUGGGUUUCAGCUCUACGAGCCUGAAUGGCUCGUGGGUCUGAGUCUUACCGAAACUUGCAAGACUGCGCUCACCCAAAAGAUUCUCUGCCAUAGCUACCUCGAAAGGUUUCUAUCGCCUGUAGUUGGCCAGUACAUCGGCAAUAGUACUCUUACGGACGAAGUCUGCGACAAGGGAUGUGGUGAGAGUCUCAAGAGCUGGUUCGAUAAUGUGUCCACCAGCUGCGCAAACCAGUAUAUCGACAAAGCAGUGGCGACGGAGCUGGGCGGGUAUAUGUAUGCUGGAUAUAAUCUGACGUGUCUGAAGGAUCCGGCCACAGGCAGAUACUGUCCCGACAUUGUCAGUCAUUUCACUGUGGUCAAUAACGUUGCCUCGAUGACCCUAUUUGAAAUGUGUUCUUUCUGCUUCACAACUAUGUUACAGAUGAGACAGGCCAGCCCUUACUCACCGUACAGUGAGAAAGAUCGAUUCGAUCUAGAACAAUGGGUUAAGCCAACCUGUGGCCUCAAAGGGCCGACAAAUCUGCACGACUCACUGUUCCUAGAAGAACCAGCCCCCACACCCAUCUGUCUGUCGAAUCUCACCUACACGGUCCAGCGCGGAGACACGUGCGAUUCCAUUGCCUUGAAAUACCAGGUGGCAUCUGCGGCCAUCCAAAUCGGCAACCCCAUGUUGAUCUACAACUGCUCAGAGCUUGUGACUGGCCGCGAGCUAUGCCUGCCGCUGAACUGUGGCCAUCAAUACAUGCUGCAGAAUAACGACACCUGCUAUUCGAUCGAACGAGCACAGUCCCUCUGGUACGGCGACGUCAGGAAGUACAAUCCCUGGAUCAACUCCGAAUGCAGCAACCUUCAAUCCACGCGGGAGGUCCACGGCAGCAUCAUCUGCCUUGCUCCGCAGGGGGGACUGUUCAAUGACACUGGAAUCCAUCCGAACCUCGGCGCUAAAUCUCCCUGGUCAAGCACAGGCUACACCCAAUCCACUCGGUACCCGCCCGAUGGUUUCCCUGUUGCCAAGGGCACGACACUCUUCUGUGGUCGGUGGCAUACAGUCGCGAAGGGAGAUUCAUGUCGGAGUAUCUGCAUCGCAGACGGGAUUCCCUCGACCUUAUUCAUGGACGUCAAUCCGUCAUUGUCCAGGACUGACUGUGACGGAUCUUUGAUCGAGGGAACCACUUAUUGCACGGGCCCAGACACUCACUGGGAUGAUCCGGAUUUCUGGGACCCGGAUGACUACAUUAUCUUGGAUUGAACGGUAC